CUACCCCUUCGUUCAUUUGACAAGCAAAAUAGUACGAAGCCAAGUUAGCUCGUAAGAAAAGAAAAGCUCCGUGCAGUAGCUUCAUCCGUAGACCACAAACAUGUCUGAGGAGCGAUCUGAACGUUCCGAUGGAAGGAUUGUAAAGAUGGAGAUCGACUACAGUUCAACUGUAGACCAACGUCUCCCUGAAUGCGAGAAAAUGGCUAAAGAGGGCAAGCUACAAGAGGCCGUUGAGAGCUUGUUGUCCCUGGAGAAGCAAACCAGAACGGCAUCAGACAUGGUUUCCACCUCCAGAAUUCUUGUGGCUGUGGUCCAGAUGUGUUAUGAAGCCAAAGACUGGGAUGCCCUGAAUGAAAACAUCAUGUUGCUCUCCAAAAGAAGGAGUCAACUCAAACAGGCUGUUGCCAAGAUGGUACAGGAAUGUUACAAGUAUGUGGAUGCUGUGACGGAUCUGACUAUCAAGCUGAGACUCAUUGACACACUUCGCACUGUGACUGCUGGCAAGAUCUAUGUAGAGAUUGAGCGUGCCAGGCUGACAAAGACGUUGGCGGGUAUCAAGGAGCAGAGUGGAGAGGUCAAAGAGGCAGCUUCUAUCCUCCAGGAGUUGCAGGUGGAAACCUACGGCUCUAUGGAGAAAAAGGAGAAAGUGGAAUUUAUCUUGGAACAAAUGAGGCUUUGCAUCGCUGUUAAGGAUUAUAUUCGCACCCAGAUCAUCAGCAAGAAGAUAAACACCAAAUUCUUCCAAGAGGAAGGCAGUGAGGAGUUGAAGCUGAAAUACUACAACCUGAUGAUUCAGGUUGACCAGCAUGAGGGCUCCUACCUGUCAAUCUGCAAACACUACCGUGCCAUCUAUGACACCCCGUGCAUCUUAGAGGACAGCAGCAAGUGGCAGCAGGCUCUCAAGAGUGUAGUGCUCUAUGUGAUUCUCUCUCCAUAUGACAAUGAGCAGUCCGACCUUGUGCACAGAAUCAGUGCAGACAAGAAAUUGGAAGAAAUCCCUAAAUACAAGGACCUCCUGAAGCAGUUCACUACUAUGGAGCUGAUGCGCUGGGCCUCCCUAGUGGAGGAUUAUGGGAAGGAGCUGAGAGAGGGCUCACCUGAUAGCCCUGCUACAGAUGUUUUCUCUUAUUCAGAGGAGGGGGAGAAAAGGUGGAAGGACCUGAAGAACAGAGUAGUGGAGCAUAACAUCAGAAUAAUGGCCAAAUAUUACACCAGAAUCACAAUGAAGAGGAUGGCAGGACUCCUUGACCUCUCUAUCGAUGAAUCAGAGGAGUUCCUCUCCAGCCUAGUUGUAAACAAGACCAUUUAUGCCAAGGUUGACCGGCUGGCUGGCAUCAUCAACUUUCAGAGGCCCAAAGACCCCAACGAUCUGCUCAAUGACUGGUCGCACAAACUCAACUCUCUGAUGUCUCUGGUCAACAAGACUACACACCUGAUUGCCAAGGAGGAGAUGAUUCACAACCUGCAGUGAAAUGGGAAUAGCGGGGAUUAUUUUAUGUCUCGGUUCAUAUUUGUUUGUUUUCUUUCCUUCUGUGGAAAUGUUUUUGAAUUUACAGUAUCUGCUAAACUGUAUGCAGUGUCUUUCCACUGACGUAACUGGAGAGAAACUUCAGGAUACACACAGAAUCGCAUCUAUGUUCAUUUUUUUUACUGUUCAGUAAACAUUAACAAUAAAUACAUAUACACCUCAGUGUCAGUGAAGCUUGAAUGACUUUGUUCCUUCUUCUCCAAUAAAGUUUGAGACUUAUUUG